AUGAUAAUAAUGGUGAUGAUUUUCUUCCUGCUUCUGUUCUGGGAAAAUGAGGUAAAUGAGGAAGUAGUGAUAUCAACCUUAGAGCACCUGCAUGUGGACUAUCCUCAGACUGACGUUCCUGUUCCAUCAAGAUACUGCAACUACCUGAUUAUACAAAGAACCAUUAGGCAGCCUGAUCACACUUGUAGAAAGGAGCAUGUCUUCAUCCAUGAGAGGCCUCAGAAAAUCAAUAGUAUUUGCCACUCUCCCAAGAAGGCAGCGUGCCAAAAUCGUUCGACCAUUUUCUGCUUCCAAAGCGAGACAAAGUUUAAAAUGACUGUCUGUCGUCUCAUUGAAGGCACCAGAUAUCCUGCCUGCAAUUACCGCAUUACUCCCAUAGAGGGGUUUGUUCUUGUCAUUUGUGAUAAUUUGGGGCCAGUUACUUUCCAGGGAUAUGUUGAAUAA